AUGCGAAUGCUGGUAUUCAGGACAACACUGAAGGACGGGUUUGAAUGCACCCGAGUGCUCCAUUGCCCAAAAGUCAUUGGGAGGCGAGGAACAGCCGCCCCAGCAAGGGCUGGGACAAGGUUUCUUCUUUUCAUCAUCCUGCCCUUGAGUCCUCCCAUGUCCAGGGAAGCCCGGGGCAGUCUCCAGCCGUGGUCUCAGGGUGUCAUCGCUGUGGUUGUGUUUCUAGUCCUGGUGGCCAUCGCUUUCGUGGUCAAUAGGUUCUGGUGUAAGGAGAAAGUGGAAAACGUUGAGACGGUGGUGAGCGUCGAGGACAAGCAGGAAGCCGUCACAUCCAACGGCCAUGAAGGGAGAUACCUAACCGCUGCAGCAGACUUCAGAUCCAAAGAGAGCCAGCAUGCCUACGAGAACACCCUGGAGCCCGAGGAGAGGGUGAUCACCACCGCCAUGUAG